AUGGGAUGGUCGUCACUCAUCUGCUGCUCGUCAGUGUUGCUUCUAUCAGCCGUUCAAUCUUUCGUUGUUCUUCCAUAUGUCCAGAUCGACUAUUCGCACUUUUUCCGGCUCGCGCAAUGCAAGGCCAAAUGUUUUGAAAAGUAUUCCUAUCCGAACAAUAGAGUUCUACUUGAUGGCACCACGGAGGAGCGAUUUGUGGAAAAUGAAGACACCGAUAUUUGCAUCAGCGGUUGCCUUCAAUUUCAACAUCGAAGGGAUAUGAAACGUGCAAAUGUCACCGGGCCUGCUCUACAUGGCGCAAAAUUUUGGAUGGAAUCCAGCGCUAAUUCCGGAAAAAUCGGAUCAUCCCCAGUAUCCACUGUUGAGCUUCUUUGUCAGAUGCCAUCGAGUACACCGGAAUUUCUCGAUUCAUUCGAGGGAAUCAUUGGAAUCACCAAAACGCGACCAGCUGGCCCAAUUCAAUUUGUUGUUCAAUGGAAACAACGAUCUUACGCUCUUGGCUACUACGAUGAAAGUCAAUGGAUUACAGCAUCUGUGGAAUCCGAUAAUCAUAUUAAAGUUGAUGGAUUGAUUCCUGGAGUUCAGUACAAGUUCCUUAUCACGGUGAUCGGACCUAAUGGAAAACUUGGUGAUACCAUUCAAAGUGAAUGGGCCGAAAUUUCCAGCAAUCUCGUGCUGAAAACCCCUGGAUCGCCACUGGUUGUAAAAAAUGGAUUCAACUCGGAGCAUGGUGUCAUGGCUCAUUUGCAUUUUCCAAGGACGUCUUAUGACAGUUGCUAUUAUCGGGUGCAAAUCAAAUAUUCGACGACAUCAUUGACCCGUGAGAUUGUCGUUGAUCCGACACUAUCGAUUUUGCUGCAAAAUUUGGAAUUCGACUCGUCUUACUCCGUUCUUCUCAGUGCACUUUCGUCCGAUAAAUUGACAGCAACAAGCCCGAUCACUGUUCGAUUCAACUCGUUUCAGUGCAAGCAAGUUUACGGCAAAGGCAGCCUUCAAUGCGCGCCAGAGCCGGUGUCAAAUAUUCGAGUGGCGGUUCGCCCCAACUCGACGGCUUUGAUCACUUGGACGCCGUCUGCCGAACCCGAAAACAUUCUGACCUAUGGUAUCACGUAUCAAGCCUACGUCGGACCGUGCAGUAAAAAUCCAACUACCGUAUACCUCGGAGCGGAAAGCAAAAACUAUGAGCUGAUUUUACCAAAGGACAAAACUUGCGAGUUUAUGUUCCGCAUCACCAACUAUGACGCAAUCGGUCGCGAAGCAUUUGCGGAAACGAGAAUCGCCGUUCUUAGAGAGACGUCAUUGCACUCAUCAAAAUUGAAGCUGCCGGUUAUUGCGUUGGCUAUCAGUUUUGCAUUGCUAAUUUUGGCAGUGCUGUGCGUUGCAGUUUGCCGAUGCUUCAGCAAAUGUCCCGUUAGGAUAUCUGAAAAGGAAGCGAAACUCAAUGACUACGCUUAA